CCUCUCCCCCGCCUUUUUAUUCUGGCGCCUUUCCCCUUCCUUUCCAGGGUCUCGGCCCCAAAACGUCGUCUGUUGGUUGAUUUUCAUCGAUGCCGCCUGAUCCGCUGGGUGUGUUGGAAGGCUGUCCGCAGCAUCGGCCCCGGAUGAGGGAUCCCGACCUGAACCGACCCGCCGGGUACCUCCCGCGAACAUGAGGGAAUCUGCCGAUUCCAGAUCCCGCUUCGCUGGAGCGGCCGAAGCUCUGGGGCCGCUGAUCCUUUCGCUGCCCGCGCCGGAGUUGGGUGCAGAUGCUGAGGUGACGGGACGCGGUUCCCUUGUGCUCGUACCUGAGUCUGCGGAGUGGAACGAACUGUUCCCCAUAAACAAACGCCAGCUUUCUCUUGCGUCUUACAUUCUUUUUUUUUUGCUAAUCCGCACGUUUACAACCGCCUCGGCUAUUUGUGAAACCGUCUCCGGGGGCCGCUCUGACAGCCAGGGGGUGGAAGGGGGCGUGGAGGGCUAGAACUGACGGCGCCUCCUGCUCGGCUCUGCGGCACUCCGGCUCACUUGGCCUUGGGUUGAAGAGGAAGAGGAAGAGGGUUCAGCUCCUCGGGCGUUUAUUUUGAGCGGCUGGCCGGGACGGACAGCGGGAGACGCGUUCCGCAGCCGGACUCCCCGGGGCUUUAUCCCUGUCGGUGUGGAGGGUGUAACGCAGGAGAGCUGGCGCUGUUCUCAGGGGGACCCCGGUGCGUGCCCGGUUCCCCUAUCUCCAGUCCCGUGGGUGAGCUCGGUACCCAGAACUAUUGAUGCACCCGUUCCAGUGGUGUAACGGAUGUUUCUGUGCUUUAGGGUUGAUCUACUCGAACAAGUCGUGCACGAUGCCUCCGAUAACCUUCCAGGAUCUUCCGUUAAAUAUCUACAUGGUGAUAUUCGGCACCGGGAUCUUUGUCUUUGUACUGAGUCUGAUAUUCUGCUGUUAUUUUAUCAGUAAACUCCGCCAUCAAGCGCAGAAUGAGAGAUAUGGAUACAAAGAGGUUAUAACAAGGGGAGAUGCGAAAAAGCUAAAUUUACAUGGGCACACAUGUGCCGUUUGCUUGGAGGAUUUCAAGAUUAAAGAAGAAUUGGGAGUGUUACCAUGUCAACAUGCUUUCCACAGGAAGUGCUUGGUGAAGUGGCUGGAGAUCCGUUGUGUCUGUCCGAUGUGCAACAAACCGAUUUCUGGGGCACCGGAGCAGCAGCAAGCGAUCGGCACUCUCCUGGAUGAGCUCGUGUGAUCGAGCGCUCCAAUUGGAACGGACACCAGAACACCAGAGAGAGCUUUCUGUUCCUUUUUUGUUACUUGACUUUUGGUUGGAGCGUUGGGAGUGUGGAAGGAUCUAACCCACAGUGUGUGCCGCGGUACCAGGGAUAGAAUGAUGCUAAGCAACGGAGUAAUUGGGAAAUCUCCAAAACAACCCCACAAAACUUCUGAGGAACCGAACUCACUCAGCUGGUCGGUUUCUGACCCAAGCUCCAUAAUUACACCCACCGGGGAAGCUCGUGGUGAGUUGCUGAUCUACAUAUGCCAAAGGGCCUUAGCUCGCAUUCCUGCACUGUGCCAGUUCUCUUGAUCACAGCUGAUGCAAUGGUCAGAGGAGUUGUGACCAGACGACCAACGACACCCUGGGCGGAGAGAGACCCUCGUCCCAUUCACACUGCUCCCAGAGGUGUGUGUGUGUGUGUGUGUGUGUGUGUCUACAUUCAUACAGACAGAUUGGCCUGCUGGGCAAGACACACAUGGGAACAAGCGACUGAGAUCAAGGUGGUGCUCCAUAGGCGAGGCACAGGGUCGCACCACACUUCCAUGACACCUCUGCCCUUUGCCCAGGUGGUGCUUCCUGCACGUUGCUGUACAUGCUGUCGAGCAUCUUAUGCCCGUAGAUUCAUUUCACAGGGUGCAGGGAUCACACUGCUGCCUCGUCCACCUCCACUUCAACCCGUGCAAGUGGGACGAGCGGCAGUGUGUACGGCUACCGGCCGUAACGGGCGAGAGUGAAACGAGUUUACUGUCACUUAUCCAGGAUUUUUGUUCUUUCACAAACGGCGCAGUUGAUUGAGUUGGAAUGUUUAUUAUAGAAAUGCAUGUGUAAACAUUAUUAAACAAUUAGCCAUCAGCCGCCUGAAAGAGGCUUCUCUCCCGACCAGGCACAAAUAUCUCUUCCCGGCACAGAGCGAAAGGUCUGAGUCAGAGCGAUCGUGAAAUCAGUUUCAGGUUGUCACGCGGAGCCUCAGCAUUAAGGGUCAUUGACAGACCAGAGUGGAGUUCGCCCUGCCGUGCGGGCUCUCCCGUAAUCGUGCUGAACAUUACGUGUCUUUUUGUAACUUACUGGCACGACUGUUUUGUACAUAUUUUAAAUAAAUGCUUAGAAUCUUUUCCUUUUAUGAAGGAUUUUCUUUCACUGUAAAAUAAUUUAAUAAAUACUUGCUUCC